AAAGAUUUAGUAGACGAUCUAUAGUCUACUAAUCCUGAGGAUGCCCAGUUUGGGAUGCCGGGCGGUUCUUCUAAGCAACAUGGAACUAUUAUGAAAGUAUGAAAGUAAGUGGAUAAGCUUGGCGAUCAGCAAGCCUGGCCGGAAGGAGCCAAAAACAAUUCCUCUGCACCGGUACUAUUACAAAUUGAUAAGGCUCCUGCUUUAAUGAACCAUGUACAAUAUUCUCAUGAGUUGGUAAUGCAUCAACUUCAGGCCAUAUUAACAGAUAUCCCACUCUCUCAGGGUGCAUGGGCUGAUCAGCGGGUGUUGGCACACAUGAAACUCCCUACAGUUUCACUGGCUGAUAUGUAUCCUUUGGUUCACAGUCAAUCUCCAUAUCAGCAUUCUUCAUCAUUUCAUUGGAUUUGCCAGUUGCAGGUCCCUCCCCGCGUCAAAAUAUUCUGUUGGCAGCUGCGAUGGAAAAAAUUACCUACCAAGGAAUUGCUUAUUCGGUAUUCUAUCAUUCCUUCCCAUGCCUACUCAUGUGAUGUUUGCCCAAGUGUGCUUGAAGAUUGCUCUCAUGUCUUAAUUUCUUGUGCUUUGGCUAAAGAAGCAUGGUCACUUCUUGGGCAUAUGUUCCAAGUGCAGAUUUCUUUCUUGGAUUUGCUAGCCUGGUUCCAUUUUAUGGAGCAGGCUCAGAUGGAUCCAAGAUAUAAAGCGAUUGUUGCUUGCCUUGCAUGGUCAUUGUGGAUACACCGCAAUGAUUGCGUAUUUAAUCAAAUUGAAGUCUUUGCAAUCCAGGUUGUUCAGAAAGCACCAAGGGGGGGAUCAUUCAUUCACUUAUCUGUUCCUUAUGCUGAAUUGUUAGCCGCUUGGCUUGGUGUUAAGACAGCUAUGCUGGACCUUCAUAUUACUAAAUUUAUAUUGGAAGGUGACUCGAUCACUGUCAUUAAUUGGCUUAAAUCUCAGCAUAGAUCAUCUGCACGGCACAUUCCAUUCUUCCAAGAUCUUCAAAUGUGGUUACAUUCUACUACAUAUGUUACAAUUUUGCAUGUAUUUGAGAAGUCAAUCAACUCGCAGAUCAUAUGGCUGCGGAUGCAUUGCAGGGAGUUUUUAUAGACCUUGGAUGUUGACCUGGAUGUUAAAACCAAAUUAAUCCUUAAUGCUGAUGCCUAUGGAGUACAGUAUCAUCGGCCAUAGUUCAUUUCAUCUCCUUUUCUUCACUUGUAUUGUUGGUCUAUGCUUUAUGUGCCUGAAAUUGGUAAAAAAGGCUCAAUUUUUAUGCUACCUUAACAUUUUAUUUGAAUGUUUCUUCAGCGGAAGAAUGAGCAAGUCUUGGUUACUACCAUUAUUAUCCCUUUUUGAAGCUGUUUCAUUGUAUCAAUUUUAUUCAACUGUCAAUCUGUCACUCAUACCCUGCUGGUUAUUUUGCUCUUUCCACUGAGCACAGUUUGCAAGCUAUGGUCUCAAAAUAUGCCAGAGAAAAC